AUGGCAAAGGCUUUCAGCAAAUUUAUACUACUUUUGUGGAAAAACUGGGUUAAAAUGAAACGUCAACGUUGUGAAACGAUAAUGGACAUCCUGGUUCCUGUGGUAUAUUGCACGUUGGCAUUAUUCUUGAGAAGCUUAAAUAAUCCUGUACAACGGAAAAACCUGGUUUACGAUCAGUUCUGCACGUUGCCAGAUGAUUUUAACAUUAAGGACUACCAUGACGAGGGAUUUUUGGCCAUUCAGCACUUUCUUGCAAUCGCCAUAAUAUCCGCUAAGGAAAAAACUGAUCCCAAAGAACUUUUGAGCAAAAAUAAAUUUCCGUUAAUAAGCAUGAGGCGGUAUCCGCAUCCAGAUUUUGUAGAGGAUAAUAUAGGAUUUUAUUUAUCAAACGUUAUAGCCUUCAUAUUGGUGCUGUGUUUUGUGCAACCCUUUACUAAUAUAAUUAAAUCAAUUACCCUCGAAAAAGAAAAACAACUUAAAGAAUCAAUGAAAAUAAUGGGCCUACCCAAUUGGCUACAUUGGGCUGCUUGGUAUGUAAAAUGUUUCAUAUGUCUUCUCUUGAUAGCGAUAUUAGUGAUAUUAAUACUGACAAGAAGGUGGUUCUCUGAUACCUCAAUUUUCCAGAACUCAAAUAUAAUUCUAUUACUAUUAUUGUACAUAUUUUUUCUUUCCUCAUGUAUAACAUUAUGUUUCGCCAUCAGCGUCAUAUUUAGUAAAGCUAACACUGCUACAGUCGUAGGUGAACUAAUUUUGCUAGCUUCCUUCGUACCCUACAUAAUAAUUACUAUGACAAAAUCUAAACACCUACCUUUACUACCUAAACUGUUAAUCAGUUUAUUUCCCCUAAGUGCAUUUGGUUUUGCAAUAGAUAUUGUACUAUUUUACGCAAGAAUUGGAGGAGGUAUUCAUUGGGCGACAGUAUUUCCGCCGUACAGACCAUCUGAAUCGUUAUCACUGGGACUGAUAAUGAUAAUGUUCACUGUUGAUACAGUCAUUUAUAUGUUUAUUGCCAUAUAUGUGGAGGCAGUUUUUCCUGGGGAGUACGGGGUGCCCAAGCCAUGGUAUUUCUUGUGUACGUGUAGUUAUUGGCACCUUCACAAACUUGGAAACCGUGCCAACACCGGAGAAUUUUUCGAAUCUGAACCACAAAACUUGGCAGUCGGAAUACAAAUCAGAAACCUCAGAAAGGUGUUUCGUAAGAAGGCAGCCGUUGAAGAUUUAUUUUUAAAUAUGUACGAGAAUCAAAUAACAGUCUUGCUGGGACACAACGGUGCUGGCAAAACGACCACCAUGUCUAUGUUAAGCGGCAUGAUAACGCCCACUAGCGGCACUGCAAAAGUCAAUGGGUUCGAUAUCCGAACAGAAAUAGAUGGCGUAAGACAAAGUCUGGGUCUUUGUCCACAGCACAACGUUGUCUUUGACGAAUUGACUGUAGAGGAACAUUUGUACUUCUUUAGUAAACUGAAGGGCCUUAGUAAAGAUGAAAUUAAAGCGGAAAUCAACAAGUACAUUAGUCGAUUGGAGUUGGAACCUAAGAGAAAAGCCCGAGUUUCAUCUCUGUCAGGUGGGAUGAAGCGCAAGUUGUGCAUCGGAGUAGCACUUUGUGGCAACUCAAAGGUAUUGAUGUUGGACGAACCCACGGCUGGUAUGGAUCCUUCAGCUAGGAGAGUUGUGUGGAAUCUAUUGUUGAGUGAAAAAGAGGGACGCACAAUGUUACUGACCACUCAUUUUAUGGACGAGGCAGAUCUCUUGGGUGAUAGGAUAGCCAUUAUGGCGGCAGGAAAAUUACAAUGUUGCGGAUCCAGUUUUUUCCUGAAAAAGAAAUUUGGAGCGGGCUACAGCCUCAUCAUAGACAAAUCUCGGGAUUGCGAUCCAGCCCAAGUUACAGCAUUGUUGGGGAAAUAUGUACCGAACAUAGAGGUUCGAAGCAACGCAGGUUCCGAACUAUCAUAUAUUUUAGAGCAAGACUACAGUUCCAAAUUCGAAUCCAUGCUAAAAGAUUUGGAAAAUAAUUCAAAAAGAUUGGGAAUCCUGGGUUAUGGUAUAUCCUUGACUACAAUGGAGGACGUAUUCAUGAAGGUUGGAAAGGAAGCAGUAAUAAGAUCAGACAGUAGUAGACAGAAUCUGAACAAAGAUCGAAGAUUGAUCACUCAAACGCGUCCUCAUUUUACUGGCGGUUUUAACCUCGUGGGCAACCAGUUCCAAGCCAUGUUCAUGAAGAGGUACCUGACCACAUGUCGGUCUUGGCGCCUGCUCCUGACCCAGAUAAUCAUUGCAAUUGUAUUCAUAUUACCUGCCAUGUACAUUGGAAAAGAAGACGCUGGAUCAUUAUCACCAGCUCAUUUGGAUUUAAGAGCAUUUAGGAAUCCGGUAGUAUUGGUGGAAGAUUUAUCAAAUUCCAUAUAUCUAGAAACGUAUUUGGAUUAUUUGAAGAGCAACAGUUAUAGCUAUAAGAAUACAAAAAAAAUAUCGAAAAAAGUUUUGGAUCUGAUCAAGGAUUACCCUUUUGAAGUUCGGGCAAACUACAUUGUGGCAGCUACUUUUGACAAGGAAGGAAAUAAAGACCACAUAACUGCUUGGUUCAAUGAUGCCUAUCAUUCUGCUGCCAUCUCAUUGGCACUUGUGUUAAACGCUGCAUUCAAGAAAGCAUUGGAUUGUAAAGAUUGUUCAAUACAGUUCAUAAAUCAUCCGAUACCUUACGACCUCCAUAAAAAAGUGCUUCAUCUCACUGGUGCAUAUAACACAAGGGUAUUAUUAAUCAUUAUAGCAGCUUCCCUGGUAUUCAUAUCUGCGAUUUAUGUAAUUUUUAUAAUAAGAGAAAGGAUGUCCAAGUUCAAACAUCAACAGAUGAUUUCUGGAGCAAAUGUGCUGGUAUUCUGGUCAGCAACAUUAAUAUGGGAUUUCUUAACAUUCACUUUGAUUUGUUUAGUUAUUUUGGUUACCGUUGCCUGUUUGCAAAUUGAAGGACUGAAAACCCCUUCACAGUUAGAUGUCGAUAAAAGCUUUUUCAUGUGGAAAUCGCCAGGAAUUGGUAGAAAUAUAUGUUACCUAUGUAUGACGGGGUUGACUUUCUUCUUGAUUAUCAUAAUGAUCGAGUCCAAACUGUUCUUGAUGUUAUUUUACCGCAUAAAAGGGAAAAAACGUCACCACCUGCAAGGAGUAACGUUUACGGGAGAAGACGACGACGUAGCAGAAGAGAGAAGUAAGAUCAAAAAUGCUAGCAGGGAGGAACUUCUCAGCUACACUCUUAUAUUACGUGAUCUCACAAAAGUCUAUAAGAAGUUAUUGGCCGUAAACUCUUUGUGUUUGGGAGUGCGAAACAAUGAAUGCUUCGGCUUGCUAGGAGUUAACGGUGCCGGCAAAACCACCACGUUCAUGAUGAUGACCGGAGACACAAGAAUCACUUAUGGUGAUGGUUUUGUGAAUGGGUACAGUAUAAAACGACAAUUAAAAAGUGCCCAAAAGUGUAUAGGAUACUGUCCCCAAUUCGAUGCUCUUUUGGAUGAUCUGACUGCUCAAGAGACAAUAGUAAUAUUUGCUUUGUUGAGAGGAAUCAAAUACAGCGCCUGCAGACCUUUAGCGGAUACAUUGGCGAGAGAGUUUGACUUCACACCACACUUGAAGAAACAAGUGAAGAAGCUCAGUGGAGGAAAUAAGAAAAAAUUGAGUACAGCCGUCGCCAUCAUAGGAAGUCCAACUGUGCUUUAUUUUGACGAACCCACGACAGGACUAGACCCCUUGACAAGGCGGAAUUUGUGGAAUGCCCUUUGUAAAGUCCGUGACAGCGGCAAAUGCUUGGUUCUCACUUCACAUAGCAUGGAAGAAUGCGAAGCUCUGUGCACCAGAUUAGCCAUCAUGGUGAAUGGACAGUUCAAGUGUUUGGGUUCAUCACAACAUCUGAAGAGCAAGUUCGCGAAGGGCUACCAACUCAUCAUCAAACUAAAGAAGUCGACUGAAGCUCUGUCCUAUGGUGAUUCAGGGCCCAUAGAAAUGUUUAUAACAUCACAAUUUCCCACGGCCAUUCUCAAAGAAAAGCAUGAGGAAAUGCUUUUUUAUUACAUCAAAGAUUUAUCGAUACCUCUGUCUCAGAUGUUUGGUAUUCUAGAGAGGGCGAAGAAAGGCGACUAUAAUCUAGAGGAUUACUCCCUUGGACAGAGCAGCCUUGAACAGGUUUUCCUUACAUUUAGUAAACAACAAGAACAAUGACUUGGAAUGAAGAAACCAUACAACUGGAUUUUACUUUCAGUCACUUAUAACAACAAGAUUUAUUGUUAUUGAUAACAAGUCAAAAAUAAAAUAUUUUUU